AUGGACGCCGGCUGCGCACGGUUGGGCCGGGUCGCUGCAAACGUUGUAGCAUCAAGUUGAGUUGCGGGGUUGACAGAAACUUAAGGAAAUAAGAAUAUGAUGAGUUUAUUCUUUCUUCUGUGAACCAGAUUUCUCAGUAGCCAGUCACUAUCAUGCAUCUGUACAACCUGACUCUGCAGCGUGCCACCGGCAUCACACACGCUGUCCAUGGCAACUUCUCGGGCUCGAAGCUGCCCGAGAUCGUGGUGUCUCGCGGCAAGACUCUCGAGCUGCUGCGUCCCGACCCCAACACCGGCAAGGUGCACACCCUGUUGGCCACCGAGGUGUUCGGCAUCGUGCGCUCGCUCAUGUCGUUCCGGCUCACGGGAGGCACCAAAGAUUACGUGAUCGUGGGCUCCGACUCCGGCCGCAUCGUCAUCCUCGAGUACAACCCGGGCAAGAACCUGUUCGACCGCGUGCACAUGGAGACGUUCGGCAAGAGCGGCUGCCGCCGCAUCGUGCCCGGCCAGUACCUGGCCAUCGAUCCCAAGGGCCGCGCCGUCAUGAUCGGUGCUAUCGAGAAGCAGAAGCUGGUGUACAUCCUGAACCGUGAUGCUCAGGCCCACCUGACGAUCUCAUCCCCUCUGGAGGCCCACAAGUCCAACACCCUCGUCUACCAUAUCGUCGGUGUCGACGUUGGAUUUGACAAUCCACUGUUUUCCUGCCUGGAAAUCGACUAUGAGGACGCCGACUCGGACCCGACCGGCGAGGCGGCGCAGAAGACGCAGCAGACGCUCACCUUCUACGAGCUGGACCUGGGCCUGAACCAUGUGGUGCGCAAGUACUCCGAGCCGCUGGAAGAGCACGCCAACUUCCUGAUCUCGGUGCCGGGCGGCAACGACGGUCCCAGCGGCGUGCUCGUCUGCUCCGAGAACUACAUCACCUACAAGAACCUGGGCGACCAGCACGACAUCCGCUGCCCCAUCCCACGCCGCCGGAACGACCUGGACGACCCAGAGCGAGGCCUUAUCUUCGUCUGCUCGGCCACGCACAAGACCAAAUCCAUGUUCUUCUUCCUGGCACAAACCGAGCAGGGCGACAUCUUCAAGAUCACGGUUGAGACGGACGAGGACGUUGUGACAGAGAUCAAGCUCAAAUACUUCGACACUGUGCCGGUAGCCGCAUCUAUGUGCGUUUUGAAGACUGGCUUCCUGUUCAUCGCAUCAGAGUUUGGCAACCACUACCUAUACCAGAUCGCCAACCUGGGCGACGACGAUGACGAGCCCGAGUUCAGCUCGGCCAUGCCGCUGGAGGAGGGCGACACGUUCUUCUUCGCGCCGCGGCCGCUGCGCAACCUGGUGCUGGUGGACGAGCUGGAGUCGCUGUCGCCGAUCCUCAGCUGCCAGAUCGCUGACCUGGCGAACGAGGACACGCCUCAGGUGUACUCGCUGUGCGGCCGCGGUCCGCGCUCCUCGCUGCGCGUGCUCCGCCACGGCCUGGAGGUCAGCGAGAUGGCCGUCUCCGAGCUGCCCGGCAACCCGAACGCCGUCUGGACGGUGCGCAAGCGGGCCGACGACGACUACGACGCGUACAUCAUCGUGUCGUUCGUGAACGCCACGCUGGUGCUGUCCAUCGGCGAGACGGUGGAGGAGGUGACCGACUCCGGCUUCCUGGGCACCACGCCCACCCUGUCGUGCUCGCAGCUCGGCGAUGACGCGCUCGUCCAGAUCUACCCGGACGGCAUCCGUCACAUUCGGGCGGACAAGCGCGUCAACGAGUGGAAGGCUCCGGGUAAGAAGACGAUCGUCAAAUGCGCCGUCAACCAGCGCCAGGUGGUGAUCGCGCUAACCGGUGGCGAGGUGGUCUACUUCGAGAUGGACACGACGGGCCAGCUGAACGAGUACACGGACCGGCGGACGAUGUCGUCGGACGUGGUCUGCAUGGCGCUGGGCUCGGUGCCGCAGGGCGAGCAGCGCUCGCGCUUCCUGGCCGUCGGCCUCACCGACAACACGGUCCGCAUCAUCUCGCUGGACCCCAGUGACUGUCUGGCGCCGCUCAGCAUGCAGGCGCUGCCGGCGGCGCCCGAGUCGCUCUGCGUGGUCGAGAUGGGCGGCACGGAGGGCGCCGACGGCGAGCCCGGCCUGCAGGGCUCUCUCUACCUCAACAUUGGACUCCAGAACGGCGUGCUGCUGCGCACCGUGCUGGAUCAGGUGACUGGUGACCUGUCGGACACGCGCACUCGGUACCUCGGCUCCCGGCCCGUUAAACUCUUCCGCGUGCGCAUGCAGAACAACGAGGCGGUGCUGGCCAUGUCCAGCCGGUCGUGGCUCAACUACUACUACCAGAGCCGGUUCCACUUGACGCCGCUGUCGUACCAGUCACUGGAGUUUGCCAGCGGCUUCGCCUCCGAGCAGUGUCCCGAGGGCAUCGUGGCCAUCAGCACCAACACGCUGCGCAUUCUGGCGCUGGAGAAGCUCGGCGCCGUCUUCAACCAGAUGUCGUACCCGCUCGAGUACACGCCGCGCAAGUUCGCCAUCCACCAGGACAGCGGCCACCUGGUCAUCAUCGAGACCGACCACAACGCCUACACCGAGGAGACGAAACAGGCGCGCAAGCUGCAGAUGGCCGAGGAGAUGAAGGAGGCGGCCGGUGAGGAGGAGGCGGAGCUGGCCGACGAGAUGGCGCAGGCCUUCCUCUCGGAGAAUCUGCCCGAGACGAUGUUCGGCGCGCCCAAGGCCGGGCCCGGCAUGUGGGCUUCGGUCAUCCGCGUCAUGGAGCCGGCCGACGGCCGCACCACCCACCUGACCCGGCUCGAGCAGAACGAGGCCGCGCUCAGCAUCGCGCUCGUCAAGUUCGCCAGUCAGCCGGAGACGGACCAGUACGUGUUGGUCGGUGUGGCCAAGGACUACCAGCUCAGCCCCAAACAGGUCGACUGCGGCUACAUCUACUGCUACAAGCUGGUGAACGAGGGCACGACGCUGCAGUUCGUGCACCGGACCGAGGUGGAAGACGUGCCAACGGCCAUCUGCCCGUAUCAGGGCCGUGCGCUCAUCAGCGUCGGCAAACUGCUGCGCAUCUACGACCUGGGCAAGAAAAAGAUGCUCAGAAAAUGCGAAAACAAGAGCAUCCCGAACCACAUCGUCAGCAUCCAGGCGCUGGGUCAGCGCGUGUACGUGGCGGACGUGCAGGAGUCUGUGUUUUUCGUGCGCUACAAGCGCCAGGAAAACCAGCUGAUCCUGUUCGCCGACGACACGAACCACCGCUGGGUGACGGCCACCUGUCUGCUCGACUACGACACGGUGGCGGCGGCGGACAAGUUCGGGAACGUGGCCGUGCUGCGUCUGCCCACCGGCACCAACGACGACGUGGACGAGGACCCGACGGGCAACAAGGCGCUGUGGGACCGCGGUCUGCUGGGCGGUGCCUCGCAAAAAGCCGACGUCCUCUGCCAGUUCCACAUCGGCGAGACGGUGCUCUCGCUGCAGAGGGCGACGCUGAUCCCGGGCGGCAGCGAGUCUCUCGUGUACACCACCAUCUCAGGCACGAUCGGCGUACUGGUGCCGUUCACUUCGCACGAGGACAUGGACUUCUUCCAGCACCUGGAGAUGCACAUGCGCUCGGAGAACGCGCCGCUGUGCGGCCGCGACCACCUCUCAUUCCGCAGCUACUACUUCCCCGUCAAGAACGUGCUGGACGGCGACAUGUGCGAACAGUACAACACAAUCGACAUGGCCAAGCAGAAGUCGAUCGCCGAAGACCUGGACCGCACCUCGAGCGAAGUGUCCAAGAAGCUUGAGGACAUCCGGACCCGCUACGCUUUCUAAGUGGCGGCGUCUGUCCCGUCGAUGGUGUCCGGGGUGUUUGUGGCGGCAGAUAUCCCAGCUUGCGGUGGUCGAGGAUGUGCUGGCUUUUCGUGCGGAGCGGCGUACAUGUCUGGCUGCUGGCGUCGCUGCCGUCCAGUGAGGACGCGUUGCAACGCUGCACUUCGCCGUCGCGCUGCCAGCAAGCGGUGAUCCGACCGAGCAAACGUGUCACAGUCUUAUAGAGGUCGCGCGUGUCUCUGUCAUGUAUCAUAUUUCACGAAACGCGUAAUAAUGAUGUCAUGUACCAUU